AUGCCCGCUGUCACGAGCCCGCCGCCACAGCUGUUUUUCAGUAACGAGAUCGCCACCAUGGACGAGUGGGCGAAGAGGACAGGCAUUCCUCUGACGACCGCGGAGGCCCUAGGUACGAACUAUGCCAGGGCGCGACGUUGGUUGCUCUCCAUCCGGUCCAACCUGGUCACAGAGCACGGCUGGCGCGACGUCGCCCCGCUCGACGCACGACUGCUCUUCGACAUCGAAUGCCCCACCCCCUACCGCUCCGCAAGAGGCCUCCCGCGCAGCCCAAACAUGCGCCUGCAGAUCCCCAUCAACGCCUCUUCCUUCUUCUCGCGCGAGCGACGCGUCCAGUGGGAGAUGGUCUUCCACAGCGCGCUCUUCCCCGGACUCCGGCAUACCGUCCCGGCGGUCGCGGACCUCCUCCACCUACUCCAGUGUCUCCUCACUGGCAUGGUCGUGCUCAUCAAGGAGGAGCAGGAAGCCGGGGGCAUGGUGCGGACAAUUCGCGGGCUGCCACCAGUCGAGUGGGUGUCGAGCCACGAAACCGCGCUCGUCGAGGUCUUCGGCUCUUCCCACUACCGGCAGCUCUUCCGCGCCGCCAGCGACGCCCGUGUCGCGUUCAAGCUCGAGCGGGCAUGA